AUGCGGCCAUCCUUUGUGCCCUCGAAGGACGUGUUGCGAUACUUGCGCUGCCAAUCCGAUAGAGCCUUCUCUCCUAUAGCGACUGCUCCUUGUCACUCCAUAUCUCAUUGCCCACGAUCACGACGACAGUACACCUCAACUACGUCGCAGAGGAGCAGGAACACGACCAACACUAUUGACGAGCUAUGGCACCGACACCGCGACGCAUGCAAAGCCCUGCCACCGCCGAAGACUCCUCCACAGCCCUCGAAUUCUCGCAACAUCUCCAGUUCGGCACAGAACUCAGGAUGGCUACGACGUCUAUUCCGUGCCCGUCAGCACGCCAUCAAAUCCAAGUCCUCGACAGAUCAAAACGGACUGCCUUUCGAUAACCAGUCCUACGAGGAUACCUCUGCGCAGCUCUUCAAUCUCUCGCGCGCCCUCUCCCGAAAUCCUUCUGGCGCCGACCUCAAAUUGCGCUGCACCGAAUUUGACGCCAAUGGCAGCGUCACCCUCGUCGCCGGCGAGUUCAAGAAGACAGACCUAAUAGCGAAAUAUGGCCUACAGUCGCGCGAUCUACGGAAGAUUGACUCUUCAGUCCUCCCGCACAUCCUCGUCCGUCAAUCUUCCAUCCUGAUCAAUCUCCUGCACCUCCGAGUCCUGAUUCAAUCCGACCGCGUUCUCGUCUUCGACGCCUACGGCAGCACCGACUCCUACACACAAUCUCUCUUCAUCGACCCGCGCUCGCCAAAUUCCUCCUAUCUGCCCUACGAAUUCCGCGCAUUAGAAGCAGUCCUCAUCUCUGUCACCUCCGGCCUCGAAGCCGAAUUUGCGCUUGUCCGCGACCCAGUGACGCACAUCCUACGCGAGCUCGAAGAAGAUAUCGACCGAGAAAAGUUGCGGCACCUGCUCAUCCACUCGAAAAAGCUGGGCACAUUCGAGCAGAAGGCCCGCCUUGUGAGGGACGCGAUUGAAGAUCUGCUAAACGCCGACGACGACCUCGCGGCCAUGUACCUCACCAAAAAACGGGAGCUCGCGCAGCAGACCUCCGUGAACACCACAACGGCCGCUUCUGCCUCGACUUCAACAGCUACCUCGACUUCGUCCUCCACAAACGCGGCCACACACGAACCCGAAGAAGACCACCAAGAAGUCGAAAUGCUCCUCGAAUCCUACCACAAGAUCUGCGACGAAAUCGUCGAGAUCUCCGGUAACCUGAUCUCCAACAUCCGCAACACAGAAGAAGUCGUCAAAGCCAUCCUCGACGCCAACCGCAACCAGCUUAUGCUCCUCGAGAUCAAAUUUUCCGUCGGCACAUUAGGCCUCGCCGGCGGCACCCUCGUCGCAGGUCUAUACGGGAUGAACCUCAACAACUUCAUCGAGGAAACAGACUGGGGCUUCGGCGCCGUCAGCGCCGUCUGCUUCGGCCUGAGCGCCAUCGUCUGCGUCGAAGGUAUGAGACGCCUGCGGAAAGUACAAAAAGUGAGAAUGUGGGGUGAAGGCCCUUGGUCCCACAACGCCAAUGGAGGUCGUCAUGGUGGCUUUAUCGCCGAUCGCGCUGGCCACCAGCCCCAGCACAACCGAGGGAACUGGCGCAGCGAGGCGAUGGAGGCGGCUGCGAUGGCGCGACAUGGUCGACAUCAGCAGGAGAGGGUGCUUUGGCCUGGCAUGGAUGGGUUGGGGAUGCAUCGGCUGCCGGAAGCGGGUAUGGAGAAUGGUGGUGAUGUGAGCACUGCUUCUGGAGUCGCUCCAUCCAUCAAGAGCGAGCGCCAUCAGGCUACUGGCGCUCAUGCAGCGAAGGUGGCUGCGCGGACGGCUGGACGGAGGAAGUAA